CUUUUUAUAAGAGAAAAACAGACAUAAAACAUUAACCACUCAAAAAACACAACCAUUCAUUUUCUCUCUCCUCCAUGGACGAAAUCUUCGGCCCAUUCCACAUCCCUCAACAAAGCAGACGACACAAACUCCGUUACCAUCAUCAAAACGACGACGUUAUCAUCCCUAACCAUAAUUUUCUCUCUCCUCUUCAACUCCAGCAAGCUACUUCAUCUUCAUCAUCACCUUUAGUGGACCCAUUAAUGGCGUCCACUAAUCUUUCUUUAUCUUCCUCAACUCACGCGCGCGCGUAUCAUCCUUCUCCAGUGGGCCCAUUUACGGGCUACGCUUCCAUUUUGGCCCGAUCUAGGUUUCUUCGGCCCGCCCAAGAUCUUCUUGAUGAAUUCUCCGCUACUAAUGGUGUUUCUUUCCAGAAACAUAGUCUUAAGAUUCUAGAAGAUUCUGGAACCUUGUUUUGUGACGAUGAUCAUAAUCAUGCUUCUCUUCGAUCUACUCAUCCUAACCUCGUAUCAAUGCUUCAUGAGGUUUACAAGAGAUAUAAACUGUACUGCCAACAGAUGCAAUCAGCUGUUUCAUCAUUCGAAUCUGUAGCCGGCCUUGGAAAUGCAGCUCCAUUUUUAUGUUUUGCUGUCAAAGCCAUGUUUAAGCACUUUCAAUGCUUAAAGAAUGCUAUUCUUGAUCAUAUUCGUGUUACGAGUAAAGCUUUUAGUAAUGUAGACACUAGGAGAGAUCCUACUUCAGGUUCCUGCUCUGAGGACAAGGCUCCAGCUUCUAAUUUUUGCCAACAUCCUGUUUGGCGAUCUCAAAGAGGAUUUCCUGAUAAAGCAGUAGCUGUUCUAAGGAAUUGGCUAUUUGAACACUUUCUACACCCUUAUCCUAGUGAUACAGACAAGCAAAUGUUGGCGCAGAAGACUGGUCUAUCAAGAAGUCAGGUAUCUAACUGGUUCACCAAUGCAAGAGUUAGGCUAUGGAAGCCAAUGGUGGAAGAAAUGCACGCGCUUGAGAGAAAAUCUCAAUGUUCUAAGGCAGCAGAUACUCGGAAAUUUAUCAAUCUAUCAACUGAUCAUAAUCAUCAAACUUCACUACAUCCUCUACUAUCUGAGAAAGAUUUCCAGAUUUCAUACUCACAACAUAGAGAUCAGGAUAAUAAUAAUAAUAACAGUCAAUAUAAGCGGAGUAGGAUAGAAGCUUUUCCAGUAGCCGAGCAAGGGAAGGAAGAACAACAUUUCGGCAUGCUUUGCAACCGUCUUCCAAGCAACCAUGUCCUUGGUGUUGGAGGAAGCCAAACUGGUGCACAUCUUAACCAUUCUUCCAGGUUGAGCAACGAUCACGAAAAUACAAAUGGGUUAUCUUGGGCUAAUCAUGGCCAAAUUGUACCAUUUUGGCUUGCCAAACAAUGAGAUUCAUGGAUUUAUUAGGAUUCAAUCUUGGUGCUUGAAAGUGCAUUGUGGGGACUAUUGUAUGAAAUUGGUGAAGUAUCUACCUGAAGUCCUGAAAUUAUUUGGGUUUGGGAUUCAGAGUGCGCAAAAAUGUGGUGAACGCAUAGGCCGUAGUUCGAGGGGUAAAAGAUGUGCAUGUUACGCAUUGUAAAAUAUAACCCAUAGUAUUGCAUGUUCAUCUUCCUUUACGCACGAAACCUUGUAAUUUGCUUCUUGUACUAUUUGGGAAGACUACUUCUGGCAUAUAUGGAGGUAUAUUGUGAGUA